AUUAUCCAUUGCCCAACCCCAACGCAUCGUCUGUCCCCGUAGACGAUCUUUCCUUCCUCAAUCGACCUUUGUGUCCUUUGCAUCCUCCUUUUGUCAGACCACAUCGCUGAGCUGCUUGAGACGACGCUCGGCCAUCCAAAAUGAGGUUCAACGUCGCCGCCGCUGCCGCCAGCGCAGCGCUCUUCGUUGGCGGCGUGAACGCCGAAGACCAGAAGGUGCUCAAGGAUGAAAGCAGCUCUGUCGCCGAGUCGGCGACCAAGGCUGCCCCAGAGCUUCCGACCUUCACUCCCACCAAACUCAAGGCUCCAUUCCUCGAGCAGUUCACCGAUGACUGGGAGGCGCGAUGGAAGCCCUCGCAUGCCAAGAAGGACACGCAAGGUGACGAGGAGUGGGCAUACGUCGGCGAGUGGGCGGUUGAGGAGCCCAUCGUCUACAAGGGAAUGGAGGGCGACAAGGGGCUUGUGGUCAAGAAUGCUGCUGCCCACCACGCCAUCUCCGCCAAGUUCCCCAAGAAGAUUGACCCCAAGGGCAAGACCCUGGUGGUUCAAUACGAGGUCAAGUUGCAGAAUGGCCUCGAAUGCGGUGGUGCCUACCUCAAGCUCCUGCGGGAGAACAAGGCCCUGCACCAGGAGGAGUUCUCCAACACGACUCCGUACGUGAUCAUGUUCGGUCCCGACAAGUGCGGCCACACCAACAAGGUCCACUUCAUCUUCAACCACAAGAACCCCAAGACGGGCGCGUAUGAGGAGAAGCACCUCACCUCUCCUCCUACCGCCAAGAUCGUCAAGACCACAGAGCUCUACACGCUCAUCGUCCACCCCAACAACACGUACGUCAUCCAGCAGAACGGCGAACAGGUCAAGGAGGGUAGCCUCCUCGAGGAUUUCAACCCUGCGGUCAACCCUCCGAAGGAGAUUGACGACCCCAAGGACAAGAAGCCCGAUGACUGGGUUGACGAGGCCCGUAUUCCUGACCCCGAUGCCAAGAAGCCCGACGACUGGGACGAGGAUGCCCCGUACGAGAUUGUCGAUGAGGAGGCUACCCAGCCGGCUGAUUGGCUCGUUGACGAGCCCCUCACCAUCCCUGACCCCGAGGCCCAGAAGCCCGAGGACUGGGAUGAUGAGGAGGACGGCGAUUGGAUUGCCCCCACUGUUCCCAACCCCAAGUGCGCUGAUGUUUCUGGCUGUGGCCCGUGGACCAAGCCCAUGAAGAAGAACCCCGACUACAAGGGCAAGUGGACCGCGCCGCUCAUUGAUAACCCGGCCUACAAGGGUCCCUGGGCUCCUCGCAAGAUUAAGAAUCCCGACUACUUUGAGGACAAGACCCCCGCCAACUUUGAGCCCAUGGGCGCUAUUGGCUUCGAGAUCUGGACCAUGCAGAACAAUAUCAUGUUCGACAACAUCUACAUCGGCCACUCGGUUGAGGAUGCCCGCAAGCUCGCCGAUGAGACUUUCUUCAAGAAGCACCCCGUCGAGACGGCCCUGGAGACUGCCGACAAGCCGAAGGAAGAGGAGAAGCCCAAGUCGCCCAUGGACCUGAAGUUCCUCGACGACCCCAAGAAGUACAUUCAGGAGAAGCUCGACCUCUUCCUGACCAUUGCCAAGAGGGAUCCCCUCGAGGCCAUCAAGUUCGUCCCCGAGAUUGCCGGUGGUCUUGCUGCCCUCUUCGUCACUGUUGUCGCCCUGCUCUUCGGUCUCGUCGGUCUGGGAUCCUCUCCCGCCCCUGCGGCCAAGAAGGUCGCUGCUGAUGCGAAGGAGAAGGCCAAGGAGGUCAAGGACAAGGUUGCAUCGGCCGCCACCACUGGCGCCGAGACUGUCAAGUCGGAGGCCAGCAAGCGCACCACACGGAGCCAAUCGUAGAUGGCAAACCAUACACGACACUAUUCAUGUCAAGUCGAGUUUCUGGGGAGGGAAAUUGAACGGAGAUAGCACUCGGAUUAGCGGAUGGGCAGUUGCCAGGUACCGCAAUCCAAGCUUGGUCGGGACUUGGGCAGUGACUGUUAGGCACUACUUUUUUGCGUUAUCCUGCUUAUUAUUUGAUCGGCGGAGUCCCAGGGC